GAUGAAAAAUUCUAUUGGACAAGAUCCAUAUAGUUGAUUUAUUUUUGAAUGUUAGGAAAUGCACGAGAAAAAAGACGUUGAAAAAAUGUCUAAAAUCAAGAAUGUGUUUGUGUGGUUCACGCAAACUUCAAUUGGCUACAAGAUACUGAGAGCAAUAGAUAGAACUCUGUGGGUCGCGCAGAAGUGCACAGAAUGGAGUUUGCCCGAUCACAUGAUCGAUACACCAUAUAACAGACCGCUUUUGGAAGGAAAGGAAUAUUUCACUCUUGUCAGACCGUUACCUUGGAUCUUUUUCUUUCCGAGUUUAAUAUUCAUACGUUCGUUCAAAAUGAUACUGAACUGCUAUUUAAUCAUGUUCGGCUAUCCUCGAGUCACAGAGCUCCAAAUAGUAAACUUCAUACGCUACAAUCGUCAGUACAUAACAAGGUACGCGAGAAAGAGUGCGAACAAAAUAGAGGAGUCGAGUAAAGAGGACAAAAGAUUGCCUAUGAACGAGGUCAAGCAGUCUCUGAUCAGAUCAAUCCGUCUGACUUUGUCGAGUUUGUCUUGUCUGGAUUCCAAACUUUCCGCAUCACCACCGCCUACUAAAAUUCAUGUUGGUAGCGUCUUCGAUUUUAAACCAAUAGUCAAAACACUGCCGGAAAAGCCAGAUUCGUCGGAUUCGGAUUCUUCAGACUCGGAAUCCUUGGAUUCGGAUUCUUCAGACUCGGAUUCCUUGGAUUCGAAGUCUGUAGUUGACGAGGCCGCCAUUCCCACCAACUCCGCGAAGUCGAUUGAAGAGUCAAACAAAACGGUCUCGGAUCCUAAAAAUACAGAUGAACAGGACUCGAGUACGUCAGAAGAGUGCGAAGAAGACAAAAAUCUUAAGAGCGAAGAUCCCAAACAUAAUUAUUAUUCUCAGUUCUUUCCUUACUAUAUAAAAAUACAGAAAAGAAACCGCAAGUACAGCAAGAUGUUGAACUGUUUUGGAACUAUUCGUAAAGUAUCUAGUUCUGACUUUGAAUCUGAAUCUGAAUCUGAAUCUGAAAAAUUUUCGUGUAUCGAUGGAUUAGUAUACAAACCUUUCAAAAGGACUGGACUUAUUCCACCGUCGCGCUACAUCAACCUUGCUGGUGACAAUAGCGAUAAAGAUACGGAAGAUACGGAUGAUACGGAAGACAUGGAAGACAUGGAAGAUACGAAAACUAUAGAUUUGAUAGAACUUUUCAAUCCAAAUGACGACUGUUCCGCACGUACUUCCGAACAAGAUUCCAAAGAUAAUUCCGAGAAAAAUUCCGAACAGACUGUGUUCGAGCAAGUAACCGAGCAAACUUUCGAAAAGGUUCACGAACAAGAUCUCGAGUGUUCUUCCAAACAUGCUUCUGAAGAGAAGCAAGAUACCGAAGAUGCUAUCAAAGUCAGCGAACAGGUAUUCGAACAUAUCGUCGAACAAGCUCUGAACACAGAGGCUUCAGAUGAAGAUAAACUUGAUUGGAAAUUGUCUGAGAAUUGGCAUGACAAGUCAGAGGCAGAGCGCCAGCUUUUCCAUUCGCCGGAAAAAUCGAAUCAAGAAGACGAUGUUACUUUCUACUCUCCGAUUAAUUCGGAUAGCGAGCCAAAGGAUCACUUGACGUCACCGUUAAUUGACGAGAAGUCAUUCACCAGAGAUAAUCUGGAAACAAGCAAGUUUAUUAACGCCGAAAUAAACUGGUCUAUCUCGCAAUCGUCAUCAAAGAUUCCCGAGUCGAAAUCAUCUGACGAGAUCGAUAACAGCGCCGUGGUAAAGAAGCGCAGUGGAAAUGUGAGCAAACGGCAUAAAGGUAAACGUUCGGGUCACGGUAAUCGUAAAAGAAAAAAGUCAAUUCACAAAAAAACAGAAAAACAAUAUCGAGAGAGAAAAGACAAAGAGUGAUCGAGCGAGUGAGAGAAAAUGAGAGAGAAAGGUAGAGAAGAAAAAUUGAAAUCUUGAAUAUAUAUAUUUGGAAACAAAGCGAACGACCGAACAAGUUCGAUAACUCUUGAUCUUCUUAAAAACGAAAAAGAAAAAAAAAAGAUAAAGGCGUAUGUGCGUGCCCGUUAGUAUAAUAUUACAUCGCGUAUCGUAAUCAACGGUUACGCAAUUGUUAAAGAAUUAAGCGUUAUUUGGAAGACAAGAUAUCGUUGUCCGCAUCGUAACUGCUGAGAUAUAUAUAUAUAUACCGAUACAGAUAGGCUUAUCGAUAUAAAUUCGAAUAAAAUCUGAGGUUUUAAAAACCGUUUCGAGCUAUCGCGCUAUUCUCAACAAUUAUUAUCGCUUUAUUAAAUUAACACGUAAACGCGCCGUUUGGGGGUAUCACAUACGUACCGCGUGCUAGACUUUCUGUUCGUAACGCGUUUCAUGUUUUCGCUGUUUUAUUAUAUUACAGCGUGACAUUGUAUUGUUCCGUGUGAGAUAAUCCAGCUCCAGAUAUAAAAAAAAUGAUGAAAUUGUCACUCUGUUCUGUAUUUUUUGUGGAAUUGUCACACUUUCGUUUUUGAUUGAUUGUUUAUUAACUUUACAAAUAUGAUUAGUUUUACAAAUAUGUGAUUUGUAUAAGUGAGAUUUAUUAAUUGAUAUUGUUAUUAACGUACAAAGAUGUUUUUUCGGGUUUGAACCGCGUUAGUGUCAUUUUUAUACCGAACGUUUUUCGUGAACGUUACAGCUCACUUCGUCAGGGUUUAAAAAAAGAGCAGCCUGAUACUUUUAACUUUUUAA